ACUACCAUGACCAUCAUCCAAUUCAACGCGUCUCUGCAGUCUAUCAAAGCGGUCACUGUCUACCGAAAGGCAGCCGAGGUCGUGAGGACCUUUACUCUCGACCUCCAGCCUGGUAGAAUUACAGCACAUGUCACCCAGUUGUCUAGCUCUAUAGAUGAUAAGUCACUGAGAGUGUCCCAUCUGAGCGGAUCUACUCGUGUGCUGGAUGUUCAGUACACUGUCGCCGCAUCCAACGCAGUAAUGCCUGUGGACGACAGUGACGCGCGCCACGCCUUAUUGCUGCGGAAGCGCGAGUUAGAAGAUGAGCGGAAAGUCCAGGAUCAGGGACUGAGCCUCUUCGUAGACUAUGCGCGCACGCUCAACAGCGCGCACACCGCACCUGGUGAUGCCGUGAACUUCCUGGAUGCUUUCAUGGCUGGUCGCCGGUCUACUGUCGCUAGUAUACGCAAGCUCGACGAUGAGAUCGCUGAGAUUGAUAGAGCGCUGAACGCAGAGAACAACAAGUCCACUGGCAAGGGGGGAACGGAUGGACGGGUGACCAUCGACAUCCUUGCCUCCGAAGCGUGUUCGGUCGAGCUUAGCAUUACAUACAAGGUCGACGCUGCUGGCUGGAAGCCUUACUACGAAUUGCACGCGACGACCGUCAAGGGCCAACCGGCGUCGACGGUGUCUCUCCAUUACAACGUCCGCGUGAAGCAGACGUCGGGCGAAGACUGGACGGACGCGAACUUCGUCUUUGUGUCCGCCGACGAGCCUUCACAAGGGGUCGACGCCGAUGUCCCCUCGCUGGCUGCGCGCAAGGCGAAGUGCAUCCCGCUUUUCGGUGGCUACGGGGAUGUUUCUGCGACCUCCGGAGCUGCACCAGCGGGUGGGAGUUCGUUUGAUUCGUCGCCUAACAGGGGCUUGAUUGGAGCUCCAUUUGCGGCUCCAUCCGGAGGCGGAGGUCUAUUUGGUUCUACUGGUUCUACUUCCGGCUUUGGUGCCUUUGGAACUGUCGCCAAUGCAAUUGCCCAGCAGCACGAGGGGGGCAACGACCCGCCGCCAGCCCGGGCCGCAGGUGACGGUCCUACGCCCCACCCAUUCACGACUUGGGGCGUGUUCAGUCCUCAAGCGCCUGCGACGAACCUGGGACCACAGGCAAGCGGGGGUCUAUUCGGACGUUCAUCACCCGCUGCGGCAGUCUCUGGAGGUGGAAUAUUUGGGAGCCGCAUCCCGGACCCUGCGACGAAUGCCGCCAGCGCGAGCGCUUCAGCAUUCGUCGCGCGACCCGCCCACACUACAACGGAUGUGGCUACCACCCCAGGCCUGUCCAGCAAAGCAGUCCCUGCCGUCAAACCCCAGAUCGACGAUGGCACGGCCGGCCGUGGUAUUAGCACCGGAAUUGUGCCCAACAUGCGCGUGACUGCGCUCGGCGAGAAGAUCGUCCUCCGCGAGAGCGGGCUCCGUGACGAUGUACGCCUGUCCGCAGAGGAGAGGGCGAGCAUCCCGAGCGAUGGUGUUGGGCACGCGGUCCCGAUCGCCUCGCUCGUGCUGAAUGCUGCCUUCGCGUGGGUGUGCGUGCCGCGCUCGCGGGUGGCCGUGUUCGUCGAGUGCCGCUCGAGGAACACGAGUGCGCAUACUCUCGUCGCGGGUCCGUUGGCCGUUUACGUUGAUGGAAAGCAGGUGGCGAAGACUACGCUGAAGGACAUCAAACCGCAAGACAAGAUCGUCGCUCCACUCGGUGUGGACGACGCCGUGCGCGUCAUGCAUCGACGCACGGCGAGCACGGAGGAACAGCCCGAGCGUCCGUUCGUGGAACGCCUCUGGACGACGGCAUGUACGGCACGUUACGCCGUGACGAAUGGGCAUACGUUCGCGAUCCCGAAGUUCGUGCUGCGGGAUGCGCUGCCUGUGUCCGCGAAUCCGCAGAUUGCGAUCACAGUCAAGGCCGUGCGCGAGAAGGACCCCAAUGCCGCGGGUGUCAACUCCGGAUUCGACUUGGGCUCUGGUCAGGAAGGCGGGGUUCUCGGGGAGAACGUCCGAGAGGCGGAUGGUAGGGAGGGUGAGGGUAUCUUCGAAUGGGAGCGUAGAGUGGAAGCCGGACAUACGGAUGUGCUGCAAGCUGAGUGGGAGGUCAGCACUCCUGCAGGUAUCUCCUGGGAGGAGACCGCGGUGAUGAAGCCGUUCUGGGGCAACAAUCACUAAAUAGUAAACGUAGACUGGGAUGUAGCAGAUGUAUAGUAUUGUGUUGUCACGAGCCAGUAUUGCGACAUGCCAGUGCUCGAAAUUGUACAAGGUCAUUGCUAGAUAAA